AUGCAUUUCAAGAAUCUCGAUGAUACUCCAAUGUUCCGUCAUCAGCUUCAAUGCUUGGAGGAAAGUGCAGAAUCAUUGCGCCUCAGAAGCGUAAAGUUCUACAAAGGAUGUAGAAAGUAUACGGAAGGACUUGGAGAGGCAUAUGAUGGGGACAUCGCAUUUGUGAGCUCCCUUGAAAAUUUUGGAGGAGGACAUAAUGAUCCCCAUUUCGUUGCUUUGGGAGGACCUGUAAUGAACAAAUUUACCAUUGCUUUGAGGGAAAUCAGUACAUUCAAGGAACUUCUUCGGUCGCGGGUAGAACACGUGAUUGAUGGCCGGUUACUACAAAUUGUCAAUGUUGACAUCAAUGCAGUUAAGGAAGCUCGUAAGCGUUUUGACAAAGUUGCCCUUAUAUAUGACCAGGCACGUGAAAAGUUUAUGUCAUUGAGAAAAAGCACUAAGAUUGAUAUUGCCACUGUCGUAGAAGAGGAACUGAAGAUUGCAAGAACGUCGUUUGAGGAAGCACGAUUCAGUCUGGUUGGUGCUCUUAAUAACAUUGAGGUCAAGAAGAGAUUUUAG